CUUCAACCACGCUGCCACCAUAGCAACAGCAGUAAAAUACCCUCUACAGCUGACUCACAAUGACCGAAAACACCCAGCCCGGCGGGGGUGCAGCUGCCAAUGGUGACCGUCAAGCUGCCCUCGCGGAAUACAACAAGCAACGGCAGAAUCUCAAAGAACUUCUCGCAAAACGAAAACAGCAGGACCGUCAACUGGCACAACUCGAACAAAACAUUGUCGACCUCGAAGCCAAGUACCUAAGCAAUACACGCUUCGGCAAUAUCGUCAAAGGUUUCGACAAUUACAUCAAGGGCACGAGUUCCGCCGCGCAACGCAAGCAAGGCGAGUUGAAAGAAGAGGAUUACAUCUGGUCAAGAUCAUCGAUUUCACACAACAUUCUACAUCCCGACAAUGUCGAUGCGCUUUCUAACGCUUCCACUCCGGCCGCGCCUACCCCCGUCUCCGCCACCUUCGGCGCCCGCGGCGACCGUGGCGACCGCGACGGCGGCUCCAACCAGCCCACCCCGACGUCGGCGACGGAGAAGUCGUCCGGCAAGGGGAGCAAGCCGUCGAAGAAGCGCGGGCAGCCGCGAAAGGACAAGGAUGCGGACGACGAUGAGAGCGAGAAUGAGUCGCGCGACGGCAAGAAGAUCCGCACUCACUUCGGCGCUACGAGGAAGUGAGCGACCCGUUCGCCAGUCUUACGCCUGCCCCUGCGGCUACUGCAACGAUCGCAUCGUCUUCAACGCUCCGAUGAACGCGACCUUUCUGUACUAC